ACCAAAGAAGAUCCAAGUGGAGCAUCCAGUAUAAGAAGAGGAGAGUACAGCACCUGGAAUUUCCAAUCUUCUCAAGAGGUUCGUCGGUCGUCGAGGAUGUCCGCAACGCGUGAACUGCGACAACGCGACAAAUUUCGUCGGAGCAAGUCGCCACUUCAGCGAACUGCGGAGGAAGAUAGAGGCGGAAGCGGACGAGAUAUGCGAAUUCGCGUCAAGAAGCGGGUGCGAGUUUGCCUUCAAACCGCCUCGAGCACCGCACAUGGGCGGACUUUGGGCGGCCGGUGUGAAGUCUGCCAAGGGCCUACUCCUACGGGCAGUCGGAAGCGCUCUCCUCACCGCAAAGGAGCUGGAAGCCGUGCUGGUUGGGAUCGAGGCGGUACUCAACUCGCGUCCGCUAGGACCCCCAAGCCCAGACCCAAGCGACGGAGACGCGCUGACUCCCGGGCACCUGCUGACAGGCGGGCCGCUCAUCGCACCCCCAGCACCCAGGACCCCGGACCAGGAGGGUCUGAGCUGCCUAAAGCGAUGACGGCUUGUCUCGUCAGCCAGGCAAAUGUUCUGGCAGCGAUGGGCUUGCAAAUAAGAUGCAAGUGGCACCAGGAGGAACCAAAUAUCAAGGAAGGCGACCUCGUAAUCGUCUUAGCUAAGAAGAAAUUGUUUUGA